GAACCGAGAUACGAUUCCCGAUCCCGAUCCAUACGAUCCUUUGAUCGCCACCCAGUUUUUGCACACAAACGGGGCCUUCCUUUAAAUACCAUCUCCCCACUUCCCGAGAUAACUUUCCCGCCUCCUUUCUUUUCCCCCCAUCACCGCUGGCAUGUCCCUUCGCCAUCUGCCCCCUCGUCAGUCUGACAGGGAUAUCCGCAUGCAUGACCCUCCUCCUCCUCCCCCCCCUCAACAACAACAACAACAUAUCCCCCAACCACCCUCAGCAACCCCCAUAGUCUCUCCCACCACAGUCUCAGUACCCACCAAUGCACCCAACGGCGCCAUUCCCCCGCCUCCCCCCAUGAUUCAGAAACUCAACGCCGCCAACGAACAGACCUGGCUCCUGAUAGGAAGAGUCGCGGAACAGAUGGGUGACUUGGAACACGCAUUGUCUGCAUAUGAGAAUGCCCUGCGGCACAAUUCAAUGUCCCUGUCUGGACUUACGCAAGUCGCAGGUAUAGCUCGGAUCAAAGAAAAUUAUCCAAAGGCAAUCGAAUUCUUCCAGCGUGUCCUCAGUAUACAGGAAGAAAACGGCGAAGUUUGGAGUGCACUUGGUCAUUGUUACCUAAUGCAGGAUGACUUGCAGAAAGCGUACUCUGCCUACCAGCAAGCACUCUACCUCCUCCCCAACCCUCGUGAGGAUCCCAAGCUUUGGUAUGGGAUCGGUAUCUUAUAUGACCGUUAUGGCUCUCUCGAUCACGCAGAGGAAGCCUUUUCGUCAGUUUUGAGAAUGGACAAGGAUUUCGACAAGGCCAACGAAAUUCUCUUCCGUCUUGGUAUCAUCUACAAACAACAAGGCAAAUACGAAGAGUCACUCCAAUGUUUUGAUCGUAUACUACGCAACCCACCCAGUCCACUCGCCCACGCCGACAUCUGGUUCCAAAUCGGACAUGUGUAUGAACAGCAGAAAGAUCACAACCAAGCCAAACAUGCGUACGAACGCGUCGUCGCCGAGAACCCGGCACAUGCCAAAGUCUUACAGCAGCUCGGAUGGCUGUAUCAUCAAGAUGGCUCGUCAUUCCAGAAUCAAGAUUUAGCUAUCCAGUACCUUACCAAGAGUCUCGAAGCCGACUCCUCCGAUGCCCAAUCCUGGUAUUUACUCGGACGCGCUUACAUGGCAGGUCAGAAAUAUAGUAAAGCCUACGAAGCCUACCAACAAGCUGUCUACCGAGACGGUCGGAAUCCAACCUUCUGGUGUUCCAUCGGCGUUCUUUACUUCCAAAUUAACCAAUUCCGGGAUGCUCUUGACGCCUACUCGAGAGCGAUCAGAAUCAAUCCAUACAUAUCUGAGGUGUGGUUUGACUUGGGAUCGCUGUAUGAAAGCUGUAACAACCAAAUAUCGGAUGCGAUUGAUGCGUAUGCAAGGGCGUCAGAGCUGGAUCCGGGUAACACGGUGAUUAGUGGGAGAUUACAGCUGUUGAAACAGGCUCAGGCCACGGGCGGACAAGUACCUGCAGCGCCGGGACCGCAAGAUGUCCAUCCAACAGCUUAUGCUAGCUCGCUUGUUCCUCCUGGAUUGGCUGGGCCACCGUUACUGUUGCAGCCCCCCGGACAGAAAGGCUUGCAUGGUCCAGGGCCAGUGUUCCGAGCGGAUUCGAGAGGACCUCCGGGAGCGGGUGGUAGUGGCAUUGCUGGUGGGAGUGCAUCGGCUAACGAGAUUUCGUUACCGCCGCCUUCGUCGUCGGCAGGUGUGGGACAGGCACAGGUGAAUGGACAUGGAGGACAUGGCCAUACGAGGUCUCCACCCGGGCCGUUUAGAGGUGGACCACCUCCACCGGUUAUCAUCGAUGAAGGGAGACAUGUGCAGACGCUCGCGCCUAUGGAUGUUGAUAGACCUUCUUUGAGCGGGAGACAUGGGCAUAGUCAUAGUCGGGAUUUCGACCCGAGGGAUGUCAGAGAUGCUCGUGAUCCGAGGGAGGUUCGGGAGGGAGGGUUACCUCAGAGAAGUUUGUUGUUGCACACCCAUUCACCGGAUGACAGAGAGCCACCACCACCAUCAUCCGCUGUCAGGAUGCAUACCGAUCCAUUCUUCCCGAGGAGACGACCCUCUUCUCGAUCAGUUUCUCCGCCUUCUCAACAAGGGCUACCGCCACCACCUCCGCCACCUCAUCAUGCCCCAGGGCAUCAUCACGCGCAUAGUCAUUCACUUCCACCUGCUCAUCAUUCGAGAGGAAGGUCGCCACCGUUGCCACCGGGUCCUCCCCCUCCAGGGUCGUUCCAGAGUCAAGUUGGGAGAGGAGCGACGCAUCCGUCACCUUUGAUGGGUCGAUCGCCUAGUUUGAAUGGACGGUCUGCUUCCACUGCGUAUGCCGAACCACCGCCACCGCCACCUCCAGGUGCUUCUAGGAUUCCACCUACUCCGGACGAUGGGGGUCUUUGGCGACCACAUACAUCUCAAUCUCUUCAUUCUCCUCGAGAACGCGAACGAGUUUGGGAGAGGGAGGAACGGCCGAGGGAGAGGGAGAGAGGUAUGUCGUUGUCUAGGCCCAACGGAGAUUAUGCCAUUGGACCUGGAUGGUCUCCUGCCAGUCAUCGGGAGGACCCCUUACCUUCGCCUCGAAGGGAGAGAGAGAGGCUUUGGGAUAAUCCACCACCACCACCGCCUCCGGUCGCUCACAAACGGAAUUCGAGUCCUGAUGUGCAAAGGAGUAGGUAUGACCCGACGAGACACGAUACGAAUGCAGGUGUUCCGCAUCAUCUUUUGAGGGGAGAUUUUGAGAUGGAGAGGAAGGAGAGAGAAAGAGAACACAGGGAGAGGGAGAGGGAGAGAGAGUACCGAAUGAGUAUGGCUGCACCUAUUCCCCCCCCACCUGGGCAUCAUGGCUCGCCGCAUCCACAACACCCACAUUCGUCUCCUCAACAUGUUCAUCCGCACCCUUCGUCGCAUAUGACGACACCGGGUGGGUUUAACCGAGGUUCUGAGAGCCCUCAUCCUGCGUCUGAAAAUGGAGCGGGAGCGUCGGUUCCUGGUCCUUCAAGACGUCGGCGGAACCACCCGAAUGCUGGACCCCCGCCGCCGCCGCCACCACCACCAACUGCAACUGAAACGCCUGUAUCAGAGAAGAAGGAACGCAAGAAACGGAAUGGUGGAAAUAACAAGCGUGUAAGGGACGAAGACGCCGAUUCUGUGUCCGGUAGUACGCCCGCGCCAUCUUCUCGUCGCAAAGCCUCUUCGCCCACUGCAUCUGGUGGAUCUGGGUCAGGAUCGUCUAGGCCUUCACCGACAUUGGGAUCUGUGAGGGGAAGUACACCCACUACAUUGAGGCCUCCGAACCGACAUGUGGAUGAUGAUUAUGAUGAAGGUGUGGCUGAUACGUUGAUGUCGCUUGCUGCUGGGAACCAGAAUAACCAAAGUAAUCAGAACAAUAAUGGUGGGGGCGGUGGGAACGGGAAUGGAUCGCCUCCGAGGUUGCCUCACCGGGAUUCUGUCUCUUCGACGCGAUCGCAUACUGGUGGCGGUGGUGGUGCAAUGUCGCCUGAUGCUCCAGCAGUUUCUUUACCGAUGCCUAUGUCUAUGUCUAUGAAACGACCGUUGUCGCCUGAACUUGGUGGUGGGAAUACACCGGGUUCGGAUGCGAAGAGGAGUAGGAUUGAUACGGGUCAGAAGAGGAGGGGAGGGUCUUCGCCUUCGCCGUCUUCUGGAUCUGGAGGGAGACGAUCACCACCUGGUGCGACGACGAAAGGACAGAGUAAGAGUAUGAGGCCUAGUCCGAUACCAUUCAGUCAGCAGCCUAGCUCGAGUUCACAUUCGAGGUCGCCGGAUUACGUUCGGGAGGGAGGAGGAGGAUCAGCGAGAAGUCCAACUGGGCCUUCGUUGAAGGUGUUGCCGCCUCAUCCGAGACCUGUUGGGAUGAGUGCGCCUUCGUCUGCGUCUGCGUCUGCGCCAAGCAGUGCUACAUCUGGGGAAGGUGAUUUGGAGAGGGAAAGAGAGGGAGGUGGGAGGAGAGGACCGUAUGCGCUUCCGCCGAUUGCUACGUUGCCUGAUGAUCCUGAUGACAGGGAUAGGGAUGGGAUGCAGGUUGAUUCGAGGGUGUCUGUUAGUCCACCGAGGGCUAAGGUUGCGCAUUCGGAGAGGGCAAGUCCAAAGGAGAAGGGGGGCAAGGAGUGAUUUGGUUGUGUGGUUUUUUGUUUUCUUGCUACGUCUUGAUCCUCUUCCUCUCUCGCCUUUUAGAUCACAUUUACUAUCAUCAUGAUGUUUUUUCGUCUGCAUCAGUCGGCGCUUCGUUCGCCCAGUUAAUGCACUGUACAGUAUAUGCAAACCCAGUUUUUCAUUUACGCUUUAUGACCUCUUGAUUGACUUUUUGAUCAUGCAUAGACAAUGUUAUCUCUUAGUUGUCAUGACUGUUUGUUCACAAAUCCACUGAUACCAGAGCUCGAAAGAUUGAAAGUGUAACAUGAACUGUGUAUUUUCUCGUUUCUAAUGGAAGUCUUGUUUCAACGGAA